UUUUUGGGAGGGGACGUUCCUGUGAGGCAUAUACAAACUCUGAGUGAAGCAUCCGCACUUGUCCCUCACACCGCACCAACAGCCAGAAGCCACAGAACUCACCUAAUCUCUUACAAAGUACAGGAAGUCAACGUGACCUGACAUCAAGAUGGCAACAAAGGGUGUCGGCAUGGCUAACAAAGGUCCAUCCUACGGCAUGAGCCGGCAGGUUCAGGAUAAGAUCGACAGCAAGUAUGACCCUGAGCUGGAGCAGAUCCUGGUGGAGUGGAUCAACCGUCAGUGCGGCUCUGGCGUCGGGAGGCCGGAGGCCGGGAAACUCGGCUUCCAGGCCUGGCUAAAGGAUGGAUGCGUCUUGAGUGAACUUAUUAACAGUUUGUUUCCUGGAAACAAACCGAUAAAGAAGAUCCAGAGCUCGCCGAUGGCUUUUAAGCAAAUGGAGCAGAUCUCUCAGUUCCUCAACGCCGCGGAAAAGUACGGUGUCACCAAAACUGACAUGUUUCAGACUGUGGACCUCUGGGAAGGUAAGGACUUGGCAGCAGUGCAGCGGACCCUGUCAGCCUUAGGCAGCCUGGCCGUCACCAAGGAGGAAGGCACAUACAAUGGAGAUCCUAACUGGUUCUUCAAGAAAGCACAAGAAAACAAGCGAGAAUUCAGCGAAGAUCAGCUAAAGGCCGGGAAAAACGUGAUCGGGCUGCAGAUGGGGUCCAAUAAGGGAGCCAGUCAGGAGGGCAUGAGCUACGGCCGACCCCGACAGAUCCUUUAAAAUCCCUGAUUUACAGAUAUGAGAAACCUCUUUAGCCCAUUUUCCCCUGAAGCCUCAGAUGCCCCAGACAUCCUCCAGGAGCCUUUGGAUAACUAACUGGUCCUUUUCAUCUUAACUUUACCAAUCUAGAUUUUAGGUGCUUCUUCCAACCUAUAAUCCUCUUUAUUCUAACGCCCUGCAUUGAGGUUUCUUUAUGUUUACUCUGUUGACCACUGCAGCAUCGCUUUUUUUUCCUACCAGCUGCAGUUUAUGCAAAACAA